AAUUUUUAAUUUCAGCUAUUCCUAGCAGACGACGCGCAAAAAAAAUAAAAAUACUAGAUCCAGAUCUACGGACAUUUGACGAUUUGUUUUAGACUCUUAGAGUGACGACUUAAAUCCUAGAUGUAGAUCUAGAAUCUAUUACAUUUAAAUGAUCUAAAACUGAAACUUCAACAAAUAAAGUAUGCACGAUGGCUUGGUUGGGACGCUUUGAUGAUUUCAAUGAUUUUGCCAUCGGACAGCUUACUGCUGAAAAUCAUGAUCUUGAUCUGGCUAGGUCUUCUAGCAGUAGCAUCAACCCUUCUAGACCCGCCAGAAGUGCGCAUAAUAAUAACAAUACGAUACUAUCUUCAGAGGGGAAAUCUUCAGAUGGAUGGUCUAAAUCCAAUGAUUGGUCUAAACUCAGAGCGGGAGGAUGUAUAGCUAUAAAUAACCUAACUAGUGAUAUGCAAAGUGCAACAAUCAUUGGUGUGAUUAUUGCAAAAGAUGGUCCAAAGUCCAUAAUCAGCAAAAAAGGUGGCCACGAAAGAUUCCUUCUGGCAUUAACUGUUAGAGAUUCAGAAUCGGGAUUUAUUAAUGUAACUUGUUGGGGUAGUGAAGAAUAUAUACAAGGUUUGACAGCUAGUGUGACAUAUGGUAGUGUAGUUGAAAUAAAACAAGCCCAGAUACAGACUAAGCCAAAAAAUGAAUCAGAUGAUAAGUUUAAACCAUGGACUCCAAGUCCAUAUCAAAUGAAUUUGAGUGAUAAUCAAGGAUCAAUUACUUUGUACAAUGGACUGGAUGCCUCAAGUUUUACUAAACUAAUGCACCUCCCAACUAAAGCUUACAAUGACUUCUAUACAUUAGAGGACAUUCAAGCAAAUGGCAUGAGUUUACAAGGGGAACAUGUUAAUCUUCUUGCUGCUGUUAAGAAGGUAUGGCCAGUGAGAGAGCUUGUGACAAAAACGGGGAGAAAAACUUUAAAAGCAGACAUAGUUUUGUGUGAUGAGACUUGUUCAGCUUUUAAUUUGACGCUUUGGGGCUGUUGUGUUUCUCUCAUUGACAACUGGAUACCAAUGGAAACUGUUAUCUUUGCUGCAGAUGUCAGAAUUAGUUUCAAUGAAUAUCGAUCAACCAUGGUUGCAAAUACAGAUUCAAAGACAGUUCUAACCACUUCUCCUGCUACCCCAGAAGCUACAAGUUUACAGGAGUUUAUUCGAACUCAAGAUUUACUAGAACACAAUGAUAAUGAUGGCAUCAGUACUUAUAACCAAGAUAGCAAAGACCCAGAAAUUGAAACAAUCACAAAUGUUUUGACUGUGAGGCAGAUCAAAUAUUUACAGACAAGUGUUGCUGAGGGCACUAGCCAGACAGAAUAUGCAGUUGUGUACACAUUUCUGUCAAAUUUUGAUAUUGACAGGGAUGAUGCUACUGUAUUUCAACAAAUAUGCUCUAAAUGCAGAAAGCCAAUUAUUGACGACAGUGGAAUAUGUGGGAAUCAAGAUUGUGUAGGAGCUGAUUUAACUUAUGAUGACAGCAAUAAUUUUGAUUUUAGAUUGUCCAUUAGUUUAACUGACCACACUGGUAGCCUCGAGUUUUGUAAUGUCCCAUCACAUCUAGUUGAAGAAGUUAUUGGAUGUAAGGCAAAAGAAUUUAAAACUCUAUCCAGCUUGGAAAAAACCGAUAUUAAAUGGAGAUAUCUGUUUGAACGAGUCAAAGCUGUUUUGAAGAUAAGAAAAAGAAAAGAUGACAGGUGUUACACUCAAGUUAUUGCGCUUCACAGAACCACUCCUGAUCAAGUAUUAGAAGGUUUUGCAGAAGUCUAAUCCUAAAUAUUUAAGUUAAAAAAAAAUAACCUUUAAUUAAAUAAAUUCUUUUAAUUCUGACAACUGAG